UACUUCACACCUUUUUUCAGAUUUUAGAAUGAAUUGAAACUCAAAAACUAAUUCAGUAUGGUUCCGAUGCUGAGCCCGGAAGAAAUCCAGAAGAAGAGAGAGGAGGCGGAGAGGAAAGCCAGGCGGGGAGAAAUAGAUCCUAUGCAGGAGUUCGCUUUCCUAGUUAUAGGACAGGUGAGCCGAAUGCUGCGCCAUGAACUGAUGGAUUUCAUGUUUGCUGAUCCUGCAAUGUUGGAUGAUCUGGAUUAUUUAUUUAAAAGUGAUCUUGCGAGAAGUUUACUCUUCUACUACCAGCCGCAAGAGAACCCUGGAGAACCACGCAAGAGCAAGGAGGAUGUAUUAGGAUUGGUGGAUUUUUCCAGAAACACGAACAGGAAAAAUAGAAAACUGAUUCUAAGCACUGACACUGGGUCAAAGAAAGGGUUGAAUGGAAUCUGUAUUUAUAUACUACGGAACUCUGGAAAAAGAAGUUUGGGAGAAGAAACGUUUCAACGAGAGGUUAUGAUGGGCAGUUUGGAUGCCAGGGAACCUGACAGUCUGCUGUGGAAUAUAGAAAGAAUUGUUAGGAAAUCAACUUUGUUUAAAUAUUAUUUUAGCAAUAUUAUACAUUUUGAAAAAUGUAUAGAUACUUCUCGACCAACCAAGAUGGUAGCAGUUACCCUGCGGGUAGGUCACUGUAAACUUAUGAAACUAUGGCAACAAUGUAACGUUAAGGUUAUAAAAUACCACGUUGAAGCCAGAGACAAUGCUAAAUUUUUAGGGGCUAUAGAGAAAUCGAGCCACGCUAUCUACCUACAGGAUCCAUACAAAAUGCAGGUUCCCUUGAUGAGAUUGCUUCAUAUAAUUAAGAUGAUCUACAAUGUCUCAAGCUACUAUAACACAUCAGAAAGAGUAGCUUCACUUCUUGUCAAGAUAACUAAUCAAGUGAUUAGAAGCUGUAAAAAGUUUAUUACUGAGAAUGGAAGUUUAACUAUAUGGAAUCAAACCAGGGAUGUGAUAGAAAUGAAACUAACGCAAUGCAUAAAACUAAACAAGAAUUACCGAAAUGCCUACUUAAAGGUAAAGAACCGCAAAGUGGGUAAUGAGCCCCAAGAGUUUAGUUUUAGUGAGAAAUAUAUAUUUGGACGGUUUGAUGCUUUCUGUACCAGGCUCAAUAAUCUUCUUGAUAUGUUUUCUACUAUUAACAAGUUCACAAAACUUUUCAGUAACAGAAUGGAAGCUCUGUUAUCUGAUGAAGGUUUACUAGAAGAUAGUAAAAAGUUUGAAGCCUCUGUACGAAAUCUGACUCUUAGAGAAUACGACUAUUUAGAUUUCAGGAAUAUGCAGUAUGACAAGGAUUACGGAGAUUUUCUAAACCGUAUGGAAGACAUGACAGAUAGGCUUCAACGUAAACUAGAAACAACUUAUGAUGGAGUUUGGGACACUGCUCAUGCGUUCCAGUACAUAAAUAGAUUUGAGAAACUUGUCCAGGUAUUGCCGUUGGAAGGAAUGGAUGAAAAAUACGAAAGAAUGAUUCAAACUUAUAGAAAGGAGAUGGAUAGAGUUCUUUCCACAUUUAAAAAACAGACUUCAAACCCUCCAAUUCCAAGGAACUUUCCCUCGGCAGCUGGAAAUAUUUACUGGGUUAGAUCUCUUGUGGAACAUCUUAGGUUAUUUAUCCUUCAGUUUGAUGGGAUGGAAAAAUUCCGAAAGAUGCCUGAAUAUUUGAAACUAGUAAAACAGUUUAAUGAUACUGGUGUAGUGCUCAUGCAAUAUGAACUCAAGAUACAAACAGCUUGGAACUCUAGAAAUCCAUCAAUCAGAGAGAUAGAGAGCAAGAUGUCCCAAAAAAUACUGAAGGAAGAUAAACAAGGAAACCUUCAUAUAAAUUUUGAUAAUGGAUUCUACAGUCUUUUAAAGGAGAAUGAGAAGUUGGUGAAACUAGAUAUUCCUUUACCAAGUAUAAACCAACUCUUGGUUAAAAAGAAAAAUUUCUUCUAUGAAUAUAGAUCAAGAGUAGAGGUUUUGCUCCGAGUAUAUGAUAAUGCCUGUAGCUCUGUUCUUCCAGAGUGGAGGAAACUGUUUGCUCCCUUUCUAUCCUCAAUACGCUCAACUAUUGACUUGGGACUAGAAAGUAUAAACUGGGUGUCCCGAGAUUAUGAAGAUUUUAUAGAAAACUGUCUACAACAAAUAAACAUUUUUCAGGAUUUAAUCGACAGAGGAAAUGAUAUAUAUUUGAAUAGAAUAAAUAUUAUUCUCGAGAGUAUGGAUAGAGUUGAACUUUAUGUCCUGCCUAACAAGAAAGCUUGGACUUUCGAGAAAUUUCUAUCAUUAGUGAGAAGUAAAUGCCAGGAAGGAACAAUUACCUUGCAGCAGAAGAAUACUAUGAUAGAAGAAGCUGUUGAAGAUAUAAUCACAUUAGCAAUGGAAUCCAUGCCAGGAAUGGGGAAUGAUAAUCUAGAAGACAAAAGUUCCAGAAUAUUACAGAAAAGUGGAGGACUCUCCUCCGAUUUUCUUCAAGUCAGGGAUAGUGAGUUUAAUAUAGCAAUGAACAAGACCUGUAUGGAUAUCAGAAGAAAUUUUAGCCGGAAGAUUGUAGAAAAGUUAGAAAUCAUUUCAAGAAAUGCGCUGAAAGCUCUCACUAAAUUCUUUUCAACAGUAAUAGUUGAAAGCAGCAAGAGAGAGAUAUUUGACUUUGAGGACUCCGAUGAAACAUCACAUUCAUUUGAACUGGAAACUGUUCUAGCAAUCCCUAAUGUCGAGGUUGAACCGUCAAUUGAAGAGAUUCAGUCUAUUCUAGUAACAGCUGGAACUCUUAUUCUUUCCGUCUCAAAGGGUGUUGGCCAAUGGGAGAAGUUGGUUGUAAAGAAAAGGGCAAGCACAAAGCCUCCGAGUGCUGUGAAAAGCUCUAGAUCAAAAUCAAGCCUGUAUAACCCUGUCAAGAUUAAGAAGGCUAUGACAGAAUUAAAACCAAAUAAUUUAUAUUCAAUGGUUCUUGAAAAUAAAGAAGUAACUAAGGCAUUCUCCCAGCUAUCGACUUGUUUGUCAGGAUUGAGACUUGAACUUUCAAACUUCAAUCUAAGAUGGCAAAAGUUUUCAGAGAUUUGGACAACAGACAUGGAAGAGUUUCUAUUAGAGUUUAUGGAGGCUAAACCUGGAAUUUAUGAUUUUGAAAAAGAGUUGAAAAAAUACAGCCUUAUUCAGGCAGAACUCAACUCUGAGACUUCUGAAUUUUCCUACGGUAAAAUGUUGGUGACAACCAAAUCGUUCAGAACAGCGGUUAGCAGUGAGAUAAAUCAGUGGAUAAAUUUGCUUGGAAAGGCAAUGCAUAAGAAAUACAAGCGAGAGAUGAAACAACUUGUUGGACAAAUCAAUGAUCUUGAUAAAAAGCUUGAUAGACCAAUGCAUGAUCUUGAUGACAUCAGAAUUAUUAUGGAAACACAAAAAAAAAUCAGAGAAAUUGAAAUAGAUUUAGAUAUGAAGAUUGAAGUAGUGGAGAAUGCCUUUGUUAUGAUGGAUAAGUAUGGCCUUCAAAUGACCAAAGAAGAUGUUAAUGAAGUAGAAAGUUUACAAGAAAACUGGAAUACUGUUCUACACAAGGCUAUGCAAACAUAUGUACUUUUACUGGAAGUUCAAGAACACUUUAAAGAAGAAUUGAUCAAGAGCAUUGAACUUUUUCAGCUUGACUGUGAUUCAUUUGUUGAAAACUACAAUAAUAAAGGUCCGAUGGAACCUGGUUUAUCUCCUAAUGUUGCUUCACUGCGUCUUGAAUCCUUCCAGUCCCAGUUUGAUACUUUAUGGAGAAAGCAUUCCUCGUACACAGUAGGAGAAGAUCUUUUUGGUCUUCCCCACACUGAUCAGACAGAAAUAGAAAACAUCAAAAAAGAAUUAAAUCUCCUGCAAAGGUUGUAUAAGCUGUACAAUGAUGUCAUUGAUAGCGUUGAGGGAUAUAAGUCAAUGAUUUGGAAAACUAUUGAUGUGGAGGAAAUUAGCAAUGAGCUGAUGGAGUAUCAGAAUAGAUGCAGAAAACUUCCAAAAGGACUCAAAGAAUGGCCGGCAUUUCAUGACCUCAAAAAGGUUAUUGAUGACUUUACAGACAUCUGUCCAAUACUGGAACUUAUGUCAAAUAAGGCUAUGAAACAACGACAUUGGAAAAGAAUUGAGGACAUGACUAAAUAUAAAUUUGAAUUUGACAGAAUCGGAUUUUCUUUGAGAGACAUUAUGCUAGCUCCUCUCCUAGAAAAUAAAGAGGACAUAGAAGAUGUUUGUAUUUCUGCCAUGAAAGAAAAAGAUAUUGAGGCAAAACUGAAGCUUGUGGUUUCUGAAUGGUCUUCUCAGGAGCUUGAGUUUCUUACUUUCAAGAAUAGGGGUGAACUUCUACUUAGAGGAGAUACAACUGCAGAUUCAGUUAAUCAAGUAGAAGAUAGUUUAAUGAUCUUAGGCUCGCUUUUGUCUAACAGAUACAAUGCUCCAUUCAAGAAGCAGAUUCAAAAAUGGGUCCAAGAUCUAUCCAAUACUAAUGAAGUUCUUGAGAGAUGGCUUCUAGUUCAGAAUCUUUGGGUAUAUUUAGAGGCUGUUUUUGUUGGAGGAGACAUAGCCAAGCAAUUGCCCAAAGAGGCUAAGAGGUUUUAUAGAAUUGACAAGAAUUGGCAAAAGAUAAUGCAACGGGCUCAUGAUACAACAAAUGUAGUGAGUUGUUGUGUAGGAGAUGAUUACUUAAAACAAACCUUGCCAAAUAUUCAGGAGCAAUUAGAAAUUUGUCAAAAGUCUUUAACAGGUUAUUUGGAGAAGAAAAGGUUAUUAUUUCCAAGGUUCUUUUUCGUAUCUGAUCCAGCUCUUUUGGAAAUACUUGGUCAAGCUUCAGAUUCUCACACAAUACAAGCACAUCUUCUAUCAAUAUUUGACAACAUUGCUUCUGUCAAGUUUGAUCCAUCCGAUUAUAACAAAAUCAUUGCAGUGUUAUCUAAAGAGGAGGAGAUUGUAUUUUUGGAAAAAAGCGUUAGGGCUGAGGGAAGUGUUGAACUAUGGCUAAUGUCUCUAUUAACAUCUUCAAAAGAAGCAUUGCACUCAAUAAUAAGAAGUGCAUAUCACAUAAUCAGCGAAAGCAACUUUGAUAUGCUGGAUUUCAUCAAAAAGUUCCAGGCCCAAGUUGGAAUUUUGGGAAUUCAAAUGAUAUGGACAAAGGAGUCAGAAAAUGCACUUCAGAAUUGUAAAGUUGAUCGUAAAAUUAUGUCAGACACAAACAAUAAGUUCCUGGACAUGCUUAACAUGCUGAUUGGUCAAACAGUAAAAAAUCUGACAAAAAUUGAAAGAACAAAAUUUGAAACCUUGAUAACAGUACACAUGCAUCAAAGAGAUAUAUUUGAUAUGCUGGUUAGGAUGAAUAUAAAAACAAUUUCUGAUUUUGAGUGGCUUAAACAAGCUAGGUUCUAUUUCAAACUAGAGGAAGAGAUAAUGAGCAUCAGUAUUACUGAUGUUUCGUUCAUUUAUCAGAAUGAGUUUAUUGGAUGUCAAGAAAGAUUGGUUAUUACUCCUUUAACAGACAGAUGCUACAUAACGCUUGCACAGGCCCUGGGUAUGUGUAUGGGAGGAGCCCCUGCAGGUCCUGCUGGUACAGGGAAAACAGAAACAGUAAAAGAUAUGGCUAAAGGACUUGGAAAGUACUGUGUUGUUUUCAACUGUUCUGAUCAGAUGGAUUAUAAAGGUCUUGGAAGAAUAUUUAAAGGAUUAGCACAAUCAGGAUCAUGGGGUUGCUUUGAUGAAUUUAAUCGAAUCAUUCUUCCUGUGUUAUCAGUAUGUGCACAACAGUGUGCGGUCAUACUUGGAUGUAAGAAAGAAAAGAAAAAAAAAUUCACAUUUACUGAUGGGGAAAUUGUUGAUAUGAAUCCAGAGUUUGGAAUAUUUAUCACCAUGAAUCCAACGUAUGCUGGAAGACAGGAGUUACCAGAGAAUUUGAAAAUGCAAUUUAGAAAUGUUGCAAUGAUGGUUCCAGAUCGACAAAUUAUUAUAAGAGUCAAACUCGCAAGCUGCGGGUUUCUAGAAAAUAUAACCUUAGCAAGAAAAUUCUUUACACUUUACAAGCUUUGUGAAGAACAAUUAACAAAGCAAGUCCAUUAUGAUUUUGGUCUUCGUAACAUUCUUUCUGUUCUCCGAACCCUUGGAAGAGCCAAGAGAGAAAAUGCCAAGGAUACUGAAACAAUGACCGUAAUGAGAAUUUUGAAGGACAUGAAUGUUUCAAAGUUGGUGGAUGAAGAUGAACCCUUGUUUCUUUCUUUAAUAAAUGAUCUGUUUCCAAAUCAGGCCACUGAAAAGUCAGGAUACAAAGAACUGGAAGAGGCUCUGAAGGAGGAGCUAGAUGGCAAAGGACUUGUAAAUCAUCCACCAUGGGCACUUAAAAUGAUACAGCUGUAUGAAACUCAAAGAGUUAGACAUGGAAUGAUGGUUUUGGGACCCUCAGGGGCGGGAAAAACAACCUGUAUCAAAACCUUAAUGCAUGGAAUGACUGCUCUAGGAGAAAUUCAUAAAGAAUUUAGACUAAAUCCAAAAUCUAUCACAGCACCACAAAUGUUUGGCAGACUGGAUGUGUCAACAAAUGACUGGUGUGAUGGAAUAUUUGCUGCAUUGUGGAGAAAAACAUUGAAAGUUAGUGGAAAGAGAAAUGAACACUUCUGGCUAGUAUUAGAUGGACCAGUUGAUCCUAUAUGGAUUGAAAAUCUGAACUCAGUGCUUGAUGAUUCCAAAAUUUUAACUCUUGCCAAUGGUGAUAGAUUGAACCUUCCCACAUAUGUCAAGAUUGUGUUUGAGCCUAGAGAUGUAGACAAUGCUUCCCCAGCUACUGUUUCAAGAAAUGGAAUGAUUUACAUGUCAGCUUCUGGUCUGGAUUGGAAACCCAAGCUGACAGCUUGGUUUCUUAAGCACAAUCUUGAUGAAAAACAUGUCAAACCAAUGCAAAUGCUUUUCAAUUCAAGCUUUGAAACCAGUUGGAAAUAUGCCAUAUCAAAUCUAAACUUUGUUAUGCCAUUAUUGCAGGUUAAUGUCUUUCAAGCUCUUAUUACAAUCCUAGAAGGAAUCUUGCCUUGUCUUCAGAUUGUUGAUGAGGAAGAAGUGAAGAAACGCAGAUCCAGUAUGAAACCUGAAGUAAAGUAUGAUGAUGAUGGUAAUGAAAUAGAAGUUGAGGAAGCCUUUGUAAUAGAAGAUCCUGAUGAAAAUGAUUAUGAACAAAGCUACAUUUUCAGUCUGAUUUGGGCACUGGGUUCUUUCCUUGAGACCCCUGAAAGACUGAAGCUGGAACAAUUUAUCAAAAAGAACUUAUCAUUGAACAUGCCAACUUUGCCAGAAGAGGACAAUUCUAUUUUCAAUUACAAGGUAAACCCUCAUACAGGAAAUUGGACACAUUGGAAUUCUGUUUUGGACACAUACAUUCCUCCAGAUAUAAAUCCCAACACCUAUGGAGAUAUUCUUAUUCCUAAUGUUAGCACCAUAAGGACUGAAUUUAUUCUAACAACUUGUUCAGCAUUAAAGAAAAAUGUGUUGCUUACAGGUGAACAAGGCUCUGCCAAAACCAGUAUUAUCAAUUCAUUCUUGAGCAAAUUCAAUCCAGAGUAUAAUGUUUUCAAAAAAAGCAACUUUUCAGCAACCACAACACCACAGAUGUUCCAGAAAACAAUUGAGGGAGCAGUGGACAAACGGAUGGGGAGUACUUACGGUCCACCAAUUGGAAAAUCUCUUACAAUUUUCAUUGAUGAUCUUAACCAACCAGAGGUUAAUGAAUGGGGAGAUCAAGUAACUAAUGAGUUGUUUCGAACUCUUCUGGAGCAAAAAAGUUUUUACAGUCUUGAAAAGCCAGGAGAUUAUUGCACAUUUACAGAUAUGCAGUUUAUUUCUGCCAUGAUCCAUCCUGGAGGGGGAAGGAAUGACAUCCCUGAGAGAAUGAAGAGACAUUUCUUUAUCCUUAAUUGUACAAUUCCAUCUGAUGAAGCAAUUGAUAGAAUAUUUUCUGUCAUAGCAGAAUCCCAUUUCAAAGUUAGUCAAGGAUUUAAACCAGAAGUUUGUCAAAUGGCCAAAGAUCUUAUCCCAGUCACAAGAUUACUUUGGAAUAUCACAAAGGAAAAGCUCUUGCCCACCCCAGCAAAGUUUCACUAUGUUUUUAAUCUAAGAGAUCUUAGUAGGAUCUGGCUUAGCAUGAUAUCUACACAAUCUUCUGUUAUAUCCAGUGAAACUAUAUUGAUGCAGCUUUGGAAUAAUGAAGUUUCUCGUACUCUUGCUGACCGCUUUGUAAAUGACUCAGAUAAGGAGUGGUUUGUUACUGCAGUGGAAGAUUUAGUCUCUGACCAUUUUGAUAAAUGUUUUACCAAGAUCACCAAAAGUAUGGUGUAUUUUGUUGACUUCAUGCGAGAUGCACCAGAACCUACAGGGGAAGAGGAUGGAGAAGGUGAGAAUGAACUCCCGAAGGUUUAUGAACCUGUCAUAAGCUUCAAAACAUUAGCAGAGAGACUUUCAUUCUUUUUGGAUCAGUAUAAUGAUAUUAUGAGGGGAUCUAACAUGGACCUUGUUUUCUUUGAUGAUGCAAUCACACAUUUGAUCAAAAUUUCAAGAGUCAUCCGGAAUCCAGGAGGCAACAUAAUGCUUGUAGGAGUAGGUGGGUCCGGAAAGCAAUCCCUUACUAAACUUGCAUCUUUUAUUGCUGGCUAUAAAACUUAUCAGAUAUCUGUAACUAGAUCUUAUACAAUUACAAAUUUUAUAGAAGAUUUGAAGGUCUUAUUUAGACUUUGUGGUGUUACAGGGACAAAAACCACAUUUCUUUUCACAGAUCAGGAUAUCAAGGAUGAGUCAUUUUUGGAGUAUGUAAAUAAUGUUUUAGCAUGUGGUCUUGCUUCUCAAAUAUUUACAAAAGAUGAGCAAGGUGAAAUUGUAACUGAGCUGACCCCUGCAAUGAAAAGAGAAUGUCCAAGAAUUCCUCCUACUCCAGACAAUACUAUAGCAUGGUUUUUAGAGCGAGUGAAGCUCAACCUGCAUGUUGUUCUUUGUUUCUCUCCAAUUGGAGAAACAUUUAGGCAAAGAGCCUUGAAAUUUCCUGCUUUGAUUUCUGGUUGCACAAUUGACUGGUUUCAAGCCUGGCCAAGAGAAGCAUUGGUUUCAGUAGCUUCUCACUUUUUAUCAGAUUUCCCUAUUAACUGUUCUCAAGAUGCUAAACGGGGGCUGUUUAAGACGAUGGCUUCUGUUCAAGAUUCUGUUGCCCAGUCUUGCCAGACUUACUUUCAAAGAUUUAGGCGUUCAACUCAUGUCACCCCAAAAUCUUUUCUUAAUUUCAUAAGCAGCUACAAAGAUGUAUAUACAAGAAAAUAUGAAGAGAUUGGGGACAUGUCUGAAAGAAUGGAUGCAGGCUUAGUAAAGCUUUUAGAAGCUUCAGAAAAUGUUGCAACUCUAAGCAUUGAGUUAAAAGAGAUGGAAAAAGAUCUAGAAAUUGCCAAUCAGAAAGCAGAAAAAGUCUUAGAAGAGGUAACUGUGGCAGCAAGGGAUGCAGAAGUUGUAAAAAACAAAGUUCAAAUGGUAAAAAGUGGUUGUGAAAAAAUGGUGACUGAAAUUGAAGAAGAGAAAGCAAUCGCAGAAGAAAAGCUUGAAGAUGCAAGACCAGCUUUAGAAGAGGCAGAAGAAGCUCUGAAUACUUUGAAACCAGCCAAUAUUGCUACUGUUAGAAAACUAGGGAGGCCUCCUCAUCUAAUUAUGAGGGUUAUGGACUCUGUUUUAAUACUGUUCAGAAAAAAACUAUUAAAGAUGGAAAGUGAUCCAACUGUUCCCAGUCCCUUACCUAGCUGGGGAGAAUCUUUAAAAGUUAUGUCAAGUACAACAUUCCUUUCACAACUUCUUAACUUUCCGAAAGAUAUAAUAAAUGAUGAAAUGGUGGAACUUUUAGAACCAUAUCUGACAAUGGAAGAUUAUAACAUGGGAACUGCACUAAGGGUUUGUAGUGAUGUGGCAGGAUUACUGUGUUGGACCAAAGCAAUGGCAUUUUUCUUUGGGGUUAAUAAAGAAGUUCUUCCACUCAAACUCAAUCUAGUUAUGCAAGAAAGUCGGUUAAAGAUUGCUUGUAAAGAACUUGCAACUGCUGAAAAAACAUUACGCAAGAAAGAAAAAGAGCUAAAAAAAUGCAAAGAAAUGUAUGUUGCAGCAGUUUCGGAAAAACAAAAACUUGCAAAUGAAGCUGAUGUCUGCCGCAGAAAAAUGACUUCUGCAAGUACACUUAUCAAUGGUUUGGCUGGAGAAAAGGACAGAUGGACAUCAACAAGUAAAGAUUUAAAGGAACAGCUUGGAAGAUUGAUAGGAGACACUUUACUGGCCUGUGGAUUUCUGUCUUAUUCAGGGCCAUUUAAUCAGGAAUAUAGACUGCAACUAAUGGGAAUAUGGAAAGGAUUGCUUAAACAGAAGAAUAUUUACUUUACAAAGGAUCUUAAUGUUGUUACUAUGCUAGUAGACACUGAUGAAUUGUCUGAAUGGUCUUUGCAGGGACUUCCUAAUGAUGAACUUUCUCUACAAAAUGCAUCUAUAGUAACAAAAGGAAGAAGCUAUCCUCUCUUGAUAGAUCCUCAGGGCCAAGGCAAAAACUGGAUCACUAGCAAAAAUCAGUACAAUGAUUUACAGGUUACCAACUUAAAGCACAAGUACUUCAGAACUCACCUUGAGGAUUGUUUAUCUUUGGGCCGUCCUCUUUUAAUUGAAGAUAUAGGAGAAGAGCUGGACCCGGUAUUGAAUAAUUUGUUGGAGGGCAAUAUUAUCAAAUCUGGAAAAGUUGAUAAGGUCAUGGUUGGGGAUAGAGAAAUGGAAUUGAUUGAUGGAUUUUGUCUUUACAUUACAACCAAGUUACCAAAUCCUGCUUACAGUCCAGAAAUCAGUGCAAGAACUGCUAUUAUUGAUUUCACAGUAACACUUACAGGAUUGGAAGACCAGUUGCUUGGUAGAGUGAUUCGAAUGGAAAAAUCUGAUUUAGAAACCGAGCGAAUUCGACUAGUGGAAGAUGUUAUUGAAAACAAAGCUACAGUAAGGGAAUUGGAAGACAAUUUACUAGAAAAGCUCAACUCAGUUCAAGGUUCCCUUGUUGACGAUGAAGAAUUGAUAUCUGUCCUGCAAGAAACUAAAACAACUGCAGCGGAAGUCAAUAAAAAGUUGGAAGUUGCCGCAGAGACAGAAACAAAGAUAAAUAUUGCCAGAGAAGAGUUUAGACCUGUGGCAGCAAGAGGAAGUAUACUAUACUUUCUAAUUGUGGAAAUGAGCAAUGUAAGUCCAAUGUAUCAAACAGCUUUAAAACAAUUCUUGGGUAUAUUUGAUAGCUCAGUCACUAAAUCAAAGCCAACUCAUGUUGUCCAGAAAAGAAUAGACAACAUUAUUGAAUUUUUGACAAAGUCUGUUUGGAAAUAUACAUCACAGGGAUUGUUUGAGCAACACAAGUUUCUGUUUACCCUGCUACUCACACUCAAGAUUGAUAUGUAUCUUGGAAAAGUGUCACAUAAAGAGUUUCUUUUCCUGCUAAAAGGAGGGGCGUCCCUCAACAUGAAUUCUGUCAAGCCCAAACCAUAUAGAUGGAUGUUGGAUAUCAUCUGGCUGAAUCUUGUAGAGCUCAGUAGACUAGAUACAUUCUCUGUACUGCUGGAUAAAGUGAUAGACUCUGAGAAAGAUUGGAAAACUUGGUGUGACACAGAGAAGCCAGAAGAGGAGAAACUUCCAUGUGGCUAUUCUGAUACAUUAGAUGUUUUUCAUCAACUUCUGCUGGUUAGAUCUUGGUGUCCAGAUAGGACGCUUUCUCAGGCACGAAAGUAUAUAUAUCAAUCUCUGGGUAGUAGUUUCCUGGAGAAUUCUGUCCUAGAUCUGGAGGGGAUGUUGGGAGAAGCAGAUUGUAAAACCCCUCUUCUCUGCCUUCUAUCCAUAGGUUCCGACCCUACCACACAGAUAGAAGGUUUAGCCAGAUCUCUUGGACAACCUUGCCAGGCACUGUCUAUGGGGCAAGGGCAGGAAGAGGCUGCAAGGAAUAUGCUAGCUGAAGGUUUAGCUAAAGGACAUUGGGUUAUGCUACAGAACUGUCAUCUGUCAGUUGAGAUUUGUGAAGAUAUUGUUCAGAUUUUACAAGAAUCAGAGACCCCUAAUCCAGCAUUUAGACUGUGGAUUACUACAGAAGUAAACAAGGAUUUUCCCCUUGGUUUGCUCCAGAUGUCAAUCAAGUUUACCAACGAUCCUCCACAGGGGAUUCGAGCAAGCUUAAAGAGAACCUAUGCUGAUAUAAGUCAAGAUGUUCUAGACUAUUCAAGCCAUCAAGCUUGGCCUACCUUGCUCUAUUCAAUAGCAUUCAUGCAUACUGCUGUACAGGAGAGGAAGAAGUAUGGUCCUCUAGGAUGGAAUAUACCGUAUGAAUUCAAUAAUGCAGAUUUCAAGGCUAGCACACAGUUUAUCAUCAACCAUUUAGAUGAUUUGGACCCCAGGCGUGGUAUAUCAUGGCCCACUAUCUGCUUCAUGCUUGGCGAAGUUCAGUAUGGAGGACGAGUUACGGAUGAUUUUGAUAAAAGAUUGCUCGGUACAAUCACAAAUGUUUGGUUUACUGAUAAACUUCUCAGGCCUGGAUUCUUAUUUUAUGAAGGAUAUCCUGUUCCGGAAGCUAAGAAUCUGGAGGAUUACAUCAAUUUUAUCGGAAAUAUGCCCCUUCAAGAUCUUCCGGAAGUAUUCGGUUUGCAUAAAAAUGCGGAUAUUUCAUAUCAAAUUAAUACUGGCAAGGGAAUCCUGGAUGAAAUUCUGAAUGUUCAACCGAAAGAAAGCGGUGCUGGAGCUUCUCAGGGUGAGACUAGAGAAGAGGUUGUAUAUAAACUAGCUGAGGAUAUGCUCUCUAAGCUACCAAGGGACUAUACCCAACAUGAAGUAAAGGAGGCUAUGGAACGAAUGGGUGGACUGCUUCCAAUGAAUAUAUUUCUACGUCAAGAAAUUGGUAGAAUGCAAAAGAUUAUAUCCCUGGUAAGGAAUACUUUAUCUGACCUGAAACUAGCAAUAGAAGGAACUAUCAUCAUGAGCGAGGGUCUCAAAACAUCCCUGGACUCCAUGUACGAUGCGAGGGUUCCUGAGAAGUGGAAGAAGAUUUCCUGGAUGUCAACUACCCUGGGUUUCUGGUAUACCGAGCUUCUAGAGAGGGAUGGACAGUUCAAACGGUGGUGCUGCUACGGACGACCAAAGGUUUUCUGGAUUACUGGAUUCUUUAAUCCCCAGGGAUUCUUCACAGCUAUGCGUCAGGAGGUUACAAGGCUUCAUAAAGGUUGGGCUCUAGACAGCGUCAUUUGUCAGAACUUGGUAACCAGGUUCUCCAGAGAGGAUAUUCAUGAUUCCCCACCAGAGGGAGUUUAUAUUCACGGACUCUUCUUAGAGGGCGCUAGUCUUGAUAGAAAAACAGGAAAGCUUGUUGAAUCUAAACUAAAAGUUUUGUUUGAACAGAUGCCAGUUAUUUAUAUGUACGCUAUAAAUACUACCGCAGGAAAGGACAGUAGACUGUACGAGUGUCCUAUAUACAGAAAACCUGCAAGAACGGACAUAAAUUAUAUUGGAUCUAUAGAUUUCGAGAGUGAUAUUGGUCCUAAACACUGGGUUAUGAGAGGAGUGGCUCUUCUCUGUGACAUUAAAUAAAAUAUUUAUUAAUAUCUAUUAAUAUCUAUCAAUAUUAUGAAAUAUUAUGAAAUAAAGCAGAACAAGGAAGACGACCGCCAUCGAAACAUUUUCUUUAGGCUGGUUGCACCGGACCGGACUGAAAGUGAUGAGUUCUUUUAACUAGAAUAUUAACAUGAAUACAUCCAGGCCUGUAACCAGGGGGGGGGGGGUCCAAGGGGUCAGGUACACCCCCCUUUCUCCUAAAAAGGGGUGCAACAACGAAUAACUGAUAUAGACUGAGAGCCUUAAAAUGGCAGCCUGAUAGGUCGUCAUUCUGUUCUAUUUUAUAAUGGAAAGCACUGUAUAGUGUAUUUUAAAUAUAUUUAUUCUUAUAUAUAUAUAUAUAUAUUAGAUAUUUUAU